UGUACUAUAUUUACAAAUAUCAGCAACAGUACGCGGAGUUGUUUUGUCUAUUCUUUUUGUAGACCCGCAGGGGUCCUAUACAAGUCGACUGUACCUUCCCCCAUCUCUUCUCAUUUCUAAAGCGCACAUUAGCAGAUAUAAGCCCCAGCUUCCUUUCACCACCAUAGCUCCCCGCCGCCAUGCCGGAGAAAGUUUCCAGCGCCCACAAGAGCAAGCGUCGGAUCCUCCGGAAGUGCUUCGCCGGCCUGUUCAUCUUCAACUUCAUCAUUCUUCUCGCCGUCCUCAUAACUUGGGCCGUCCUCCAGCCAAAAAAGCCCCGUUUCACCCUCCUAGAGGCCACCUUCUUCACUCUCAAUGUCUCCGCCGCUAACCUCGUAUCGACCGCCAUCCAAGUCACCGUCAACGCCCAGAACCCCAACUCCAGGGUAGGUAUUUACUACGACAAGGUGGACGUUUACGCCACCUACCGCAACCAGCAAAUCACCAACUACACUGGGAUUCCGCCGUUUUAUCAUGGACACAAGGACGUCGACAACAUCUGGCCGAAGUUUAUCAACGGCAGUAACAUCCCGGUGGCGCCGUACAACGGCCUAGCCCUCAGGCAGGACCAAUUCAAGGGCGACGUGAGGCUGAUUAUCAAAAUAGACGGGCGUGUUAAAUGGAAAGUGGGGUCCUUUGUGACCAGGCGGUACGACAUCCACAUCGCCUGCCCCGCCCAGAUUGAGCUUUACUCCAACAAAACCGGAGUUCUCAUCGCCGACGAAAGUAGGUAUAAGCUUGAACAAAGUUGUAGUGUCUAUGUGUGAAACAGUAAAAUCCAAAUAGGAUUAUUUAAAUUUAAAUCGGGAUUCACUACUUCUCAUUAAUUUUAUGUAAUUCGUCGGUUGAUUUUUUGUUUAUUGUUAUUCAUGUUAUCUCUACUUUUUAUAUAUUUGAAGAGCAUCUUUUGAUA